AUGGGCGGGGAGGCGGGGAUCCCCCAACGCCUAGGCCAGCCCGCGGCUCUUCUCUGGCUGCUGCUGCUGAACGUGGCCACCCGGGAGCUGCGAGGGUCCCCAGCCACGGCCGCCCCCGGCCCGACUGCAGGCGAUGGGGGAGCGUUGAGGGGCGCCACUCCGACUUGGCGAGCACAGCGGUUGGCUCUGGGAGCUACAGGUGGCAGCAGAGUUUCCACAGUGUGCGGGAAAUCCAAGGUGAUGGGGAGGAUCUAUGGUGGCCGGGACGUGGAGGCUGGCCAGUGGCCGUGGCAGGCCAGCCUGCGGUCCCAGGGCUCGCACAUCUGUGGAGCUGUCCUCAUUAACUCCAGCUGGCUUCUUUCCACUGCCCACUGCUUUCUCAAGAAAUCCAAAGCCCCGGAGAAUUACCGGGUUCUGCUAGGAAGCACCCAGCUGUACCAGCACACCCCUCAGACCCGGGAGGUGUCUGUGAGCCGGAUUAUCACACACCCAGACUUCGAGAAGUUACAUCCCUUUGGGAGUGAUAUUGCCAUGUUGCAGCUGCGCUUUCCUGUGAACUUCACCUCCUACAUCAUCCCUGCCUGCCUCCCUGUCCCUGGCAUGAAGCUCCCCAGUAACUCAUCCUGCUGGAUAACUGGCUGGGGGAUGCUCAACGAGGAAAGUGAGAGGGAGGGUAAGGUGAGCUUCAUUGAGAACAAGUUCUGUAAUAUGUUAUAUGGAUUUGCGAAAGGCAAGAACCUCUCUGUGCAGGAGGACAUGCUGUGUGCUGGGGACUUCUCCACAGGAAAGUCCAUCUGCCAAGGCGAUUCCGGGGGCCCCCUCGUCUGUGACUUCAUCGGUUCCUGGGUUCUUAUGGGGCUGGCCAGCUGGGGUUUUGACUGCCGACACCCCAUCUACCCCAGCAUCUUCACCAAUGUCACCUACUUCACCGACUGGAUCGAAGAGAUCCAGAGACUCACACCCCACCCUGAGCCCACGUCCACUCCUCCACAGACCCAGUUUCCACACCAGUCUCUGCAGGCUGCCACCUCGUCCGUGCUGGGCACAGCCUUUGGGCCUCCACAGACCUGGCCCCUGCUGCUGUUCCUGCUUGGUUCCGCGAGGCAAACCAUGUGGUGA